AUGGAAUCCAAUGGCCUUCAAUUUCUCCAGAACAAGACGAUUCUCGUCACCGGGGUUCCCGGUUUCCUCGCCAAAGUGUUUGUGGAGAAAAUAUUGAGGGUUCAACCAAACGUGAAGAAGCUUUACCUUCUCUUGAGAGCAGCAGACAAUGAAUCAGCCAUGCAACGGUUUCGCAGUGAGGUUUUGGAGAAAGAUCUUUUUAGAGUGUUAAGGAACGAUUUAGGUGAUGAAAACCUGAAAGCUUUAGUGUCAGAAAAAGUCGUCCCUGUUCCUGGUGAUAUUUCAGUUGAUAAUCUUGGACUGAAGGACCCUAUUCUCUUACAGCAUAUGUGGAAUGAGAUCGAUAUCGUUGUCAAUGUUGCUGCCACGACGAACUUCGAUGAAAGAUAUGAUGUUGGUCUUAGCAUCAAUACAUUUGGACCGCUCAAUGUCCUUAACUUUGCCAAAAGGUGUGUUAAAGGACAGUUACUUCUCCAUAUCUCAACCGCCUAUGUGUGCGGUGAGCAAUCCGGAGUGUUACAAGAGAAAACAUUCAACAUGGGAGAGACAUUGAACGGACAUGGUAAAUUAGUUAUCGAUACCGAAUUGGAGCUAGUGAAACAAAAACUCAAAGAAUUACAGAAACAAGAUUGUUCGGCAGAAGGGAUCGUGAAGUCGAUGAAAGACCUUGGUAUGUCGAGGGCAAAGCUCCAUGGAUGGCCAAACACAUAUGUGUUUACCAAGUCAAUGGGAGAGAUGCUUCUUGGUUAUCAUAGAGAAAAACUUCCUAUUGUUAUCAUCCGUCCGACAAUGAUCACCAGCACUUUUUCAGAACCAUUUCCCGGUUGGAUCGAAGGGUUAAGAACCAUAGAUAGUGUGAUUGUUGCAUAUGGCAAAGGAAGGCUUAAAUGUUUUCUUGCGGAUCCAAAUUCAGUCCUUGAUCUUAUACCUGUGGAUAUGGUCGCAAAUGCAUUGAUCACGGCUGCGGCAACACACGCGGGGAAGUCAGGCUCUCAGACCGUUUACCAUGUUGGGUCGUCUUGUAAAAACCCGAUCACAUUCGACCAGAUUCAUGAUCUUGCGGCUCGCUACUUCGCCAAAAGCCCUCUUGUUGGACGCGACGGCUCACACAUCAUAGUCUCUAAAGGAACUAUUUUGUCCACCAUGGCUCAGUUCAGCUUCUACAUGACCCUUCGUUACAGGCUACCUCUGCAGAUGCUGCGAGUGAUACAUAUAAUUUAUCCAUGGCGGAAUGGAAAUAAAUAUAAGGACCUUGACCGCAAAAUUAAGCUGGCGAUGCGGUUGGUCGAGCUCUAUAGACCUUAUGUCUUGUUUAAGGGGAUAUUUGACGAUACGAAUACUGAGAGGUUGUGGUUGAACACGGAGGUCAAUAAAGAAAUAUCUGGUCUGUUCGAAUUUGAUCCCAAGUCUAUUGAUUGGGAUGAUUACAUGACGAACAUUCAUAUCCCUGGCCUCAUCACCUAUGUACUAAAAAAAUAA